AUAUUUUGAAGAUAGUAUCAGAAAUGGCUGGUAGCGAGAACCAGACUUCGGAAUACCUCCAAAGAAGAUGGCUAAAUAUACGAAAACUAUUAGAAAGAUCUGGUCCAUUUUGCCACCCUGAUUUUGAACCUUCUGCUGAAAUAUUAGAUUUCAUUAUGAAUUCGUGCAAAAUCUUAGUAAUAGGAGCUGGGGGUCUUGGCUGCGAAUUACUAAAGGACCUAGCCCUGAUGGGCUUUAAAAAAAUCCAUAUUAUAGAUAUGGAUACAAUAGAGUUGUCUAAUUUGAACAGACAAUUUUUGUUUAGAAAGAAUGAUAUUGGAUUAUCAAAGGCUAAAUGUGCUGUUGAAUUUGUUAAUAAUCGAGUCCCAGGUUGUGAGGCCAUUGCUCAUCACUGCACCAUCCAGGAUAUGGAUGAGGGUUUCUACCGGCAGUUCCACAUUGUUGUCUGUGGUCUCGACUCCGUUGUGGCUAGGCGUUGGCUUAACGGCAUGCUGAUGUCCUUGCUUCAGUAUAAUGAUGAUGGAACUUUAGAUCAAAGCAGCCUGAUACCUCUAGUGGACGGAGGUACUGAAGGCUUCAAAGGCAACGCCCGAGUGAUCCUGCCGGGCAUGAGCGCAUGUAUUGAGUGCACACUGGACCUGUAUCCACCGCAGGUCACAUUCCCGCUUUGCACUAUUGCUAAUACACCAAGAUUACCAGAGCACUGUAUCGAAUAUGUAAAGGUACUGCAAUGGUCCAAGGAGAACCCGUGGGGCAACACCACUGCCCUGGACGGCGACGACCCACAGCACCUUGCCUGGGUCCUAGAGAAGGCGCAGGAAAGGGCGAUGAAGCACGGCAUUACUGGAGUCACGUAUAGAUUGACGCAGGGUGUGUUGAAGAACAUUAUACCGGCGGUGGCCAGUACGAAUGCGGCCAUAGCGGCGGCUUGUGCUACUGAGGUAUUCAAGCUAGCCUCAUCCUGCUGCGUGAACAUGAAUAACUACAUGGUGCUGAACAUAGCGGAAGGAGUGUACACGUACACGUUCAGUGCCGACCGCCGCGCGGAUUGCGUAGCCUGCAGCAACACCACUAGGACCAUGGAGCUGGAGUCACAAGCUACCCUACAGACUAUACUUACUAAGCUCCAGGAGGAACCUAAGUAUCUCAUGAAGAGCCCAGGCAUUACCACUAUUAUCAAUGGGCGCAAUAAAACGCUGUACAUGUCUUCAAUCAAAAGCAUAGAAGAGAGAACAAGGGACAACCUGAAAAAGAAGAUAACCGAUUUAGGAUUAUAUAAUGGCGCUGAAAUCCUGGUGGCAGAUAUAACUACUCCUAACACAAUCACGAUAAAGUUGAAAGUUACUGAAAAUGCAGAUGUUGAGAUGGCCUAGUUAUGUGUAACAAAUAAAAAUGAUGUUUAA